AUGGAUCACCACCUCCAAAUCAACCCGGUCGACGAAGACUGGCCCCCGGGAACUUUCGACUUUGGGUUUGAUGACAACAUCCUCGAACUUAUCGAAGAGUUGAUCGAAAAAAGGCCAGACUUGGAGGACAUCCUCAACUCUGAUGAACCAAUCAGCAUCCUGCCACGACCGGUUUACACACCAGGGAGUCCAGAGGAUACCCGAGAGAAGCGCUACACCCCACGGACAGGGCCAUGGUGCGGCCACGAGACCAUCCUGCGCAGCUGGGCCUCAGCUACCCCCUCCAAGUGCCAGGACUGUGGACAUACCGCUCGAUGGCUCUGGGCAUGUACUGCAGACACGCCAGACCAUUCACCUUUUGUUCCUAACCCCGAGCCCAUCACCCGCGAUGUCAGUAUUCUCGCACCGUGGAUGCAGCAGGCCAUCGCCAAGGGCGAAUACAGCGAUGCCCAGGUCGAGAAGAUGUUGGACCAGAAGGUCAACGUGCUGGAGCAAGCGGCUUCAGAACGACGCCGGGUCGCCCAGCAAGAGCGAAAAGAACCCACUGGGAGUCCGGACGUAGUGGGCGUAUCGCCGCCACCGGCAAGCGACAGCCAACAGCAACCAGUCCACCCUGACGAGAGCGCUUCCGACAAGGUCGUCACUCCCAUUCCACCAGAGACACACACCCGCGCCAUAAGUUGUCGAAUGCUCGCAUGCCCAAAUUGCAAACCUCGUUUCCUCGAACACGCCUGGGGACGACUCAACGCCAUCGUCAACGAGCCAUACGUCGCACCGCCUCAGAUCCCAGAAUACCUGGACCGACGAAUCUCAGAUGCGGCAACACUGCAAUCGAUGCACGAGCACUGCCGAAGCUGGAACUGGAAUUCCGACUUCCAAGAGUGGUGGGACAAGGUUCGGGUGGCCGGCGGGUACGAUAUCCUCCCUAUGCUUUUGAUGGCUGAGACGAUACGCUCUAACCAGGCGGAUUUCAUCGAAUUUGUAGGCCAUAUGGUGCUCUGCUGCCGCAUAACAUACAGCCAGAUGUGCCAGUGCCUCUACCUGAUAAACCCCCAGGCGUUUACAAGACUCGUCCCGUUUCUCGGCGCCGACGUGUGCAUUAUCCGAUGCCUUCACUCGGCGCCAGUUGUGGAGGUCGACUCCCAGCCUGAAAAGGAGGACUGA